AUAACCCAAAGGAUGGAUCCCUAUAAAUUGUCCAAUUCCGCUAUGAUCGUUGUUAAUUGUCUGGUUUCAGAGACAGAGGGAGACGGGUGCAAUAUCAGUUUUUGCAGUGGAAGCAUUUCUCUCUAUGAAAGAUUCUCUAUUGACGAUUUUCGAUUUCUAGGGUUUGCUUGAGCCAGAAAUUGUCAUAAAAAAGGUUGAAUUUGUUAGAGAGAUUUUUGGGUUUAAUCUGGCAAUGGUCCUGGAAUUGGGGUUUUUUGCGCGCAGAGAAAGCUUAUGAAAUUAUGGGCCUUGGAGAAGGGGAAUUGACUGGAAAAUUAUCAAAGGGAUCGCCCUCUGUAUCUUGUUCGAUUUGCCUAGAGGUAGUAACAGAAGGUGGUGAUCGAUCUAUUGCAAAGCUCAGAUGUAGCCAUGAAUUCCAUUUGGAUUGUAUUGGUUCAGAAUUCAAUGCCAAAGGGGUAAUGCAAUGCCCGAAUUGUAGAAAGGUUGAGAAAGGUCAAUGGCUAUUUGCAAAUGGAUACCGCUCUUUUGAGGACUUUGCCGUGGAUGAGUGGGCGCAUGAUGAAGAUCUAUAUGAUCUAAGAAUUUCUGAACUGCCAUUUGGGUUUCAAUGGUGCCCAUAUCGUGGAUUUUCUCAAUUUUCUGCAUCAUUUGAGGAUGGAGAAGAGCCAUUAAAUACCCAUCAAGAGCUGCUUGGGCACCUCGCUGCAUUGGGUGAAUACUCACAUGCUUCCUCUUCAUCUACCCAUGCUUGCCCUCAUCUGGCCAUGGAUGGUUUCUCCCACCCUGAAAUUCUACACCACAAUUGGCAACACCACCACCACUCUUCUUCUACCCAUUUCUCUCCUAUGAGUAGCCAGGCUAAUGUGCCGUCACAAGGGGUUCGUAUGAAUAAUGAGAUGGAAAGUAGUGCUCAUUUAAGAGGAUCUUCAUUUUUGCAGCCAUUUCCUCUUGGCCAUACAUCGGGUCCCCGAGUUAGUGCAGCCUCUAACCCCCGGGCUCACCAUGCCCGUGUCCAUGCCUUCAUUCAGCAGCAACAUCAGCAAGCUGGCGUGGGUGUGGCCCCACCACCGGUUCAUGGAGGUGGUCCAACCCCAAUCUUCCCCCAAGGCAGAGGUGCUGUAACCCUAGUCUCGGCUUGGGAGAGAGAGCGCUAUGCUCCUUUCCCGUGGGUCCCACUUGAUGGUGAGUCCCAUUGGCUUGGUGGGCCCUUCUAUAACCCGGCUUCACUUCACCGUCUGGAGAGACCGGGCCACAGCCAAAGUGGCUCGAGACCAGAGGGUGCUCAUGCUACCCAAAUGACAAGAAUGCACCCCUUCACAUGACCUUUAUUUUGGGGAGUUGUGUUGCUGGAACUGUAAACACCGGCAUAUAAUGAGACAAAUCGAUAUCCGAGAAUAAUUUGUCGGUGAGAAUUUGGGUGGAAACGAUCAAAUGGGUCUGUGCGGUUUAAUUUUGUUGAUGGCUUUUUUCUUUGUUUUCUUUUUCUUUUCUAUUUUUGGAGGUAUUAUUGAAUUUCUUUCUUGAA